GCACACUUUCGUCUGCUUUAUCACUCUAAAGUCUGCAUGUGGUUUAAAAAUGGUCUCCCAAGGACUCCAGAUUAUGGGCAUAUCCACAGCCAUGCUGGGUUGGAUUGGGGUCAUUAUCGUGUGUGCUUUGCCCCGUGGGAAGGUGUCUGCGUUCGUUGGGGCCAACAUCGUCACAGCACAGGUCAUCUGGGAGGGCAUGUGGAUGAACUGUGUGGUGCAGAGCACUGGACAAAUGCAGUGUAAAGUCUACGACUCCAUGCUGGCGCUCAGCUCCGAUCUCCAAGCGGGCCGGGCCAUGAUCAUCAUCUCCAUUUUGACUGGACUCUUUGGGAUCGUAAUUUCUCUGGCCGGUGGGAAGUGCACCAACUGCAUUGAGGACCAAGGGUCCAAAGCAAAGGCGUGCAUCAUUGCAGGCAUUUUCCUAAUUAUCUCUGGACUUCUCUGUCUGAUCCCAGUGUCGUGGGCGGCACACACGACCAUACAGAACUUCUACAACCCGAUGAUGGUGGAGGCCCAGCGGAGGGAGUUGGGCGCAGCUCUGUAUGUCGGCUGGGGAUCGGCUGGCUUGCUUUUACUGGGAGGAGGAUUACUUUGCUGUAACUGCCCGCCGAAGCAAGAACGCAUCUACAACCCCAAGUUCUCUGCUGUGAGAUCCAAUUCUGCUCCGAGAGAGUUUGUCUGAGAUGCAGAACCCAUAGAACUGGUCUUAAAAUGGACACUCAAGUGACUGAUUGAUCUAAUUCAUCACUGUAUAUCAGCAAUUCAUUACUUGAGAGACAUUUUUUACAUGUAAUAGCAUAACAUUUUCAGUCUUCCUCUACAUGUAUCAUUUAAUACUUUCCGUUAGAUAAAUUCUUUUUAUGAUGGCAAUUCAGUCGCUAGAAACAUCAUGGGUUCAAUUCUCUGGGAAAGCUUGAACUGAUGAAGUGUAUUCAUUCAGUGCAAUGCAGGUUGCUUAGGAUAAAAGAUUAAUGUAUAUAUUACAGCUUUUAGAGUGGAAUUCUAAAUACAGAUCGUUUAUUUAUUUAAAUGUGUACAACAGAGUUGAGUAGAUUUACUUACAAAUUGUAAUCUGUGACUGUUUCAAAAUUACAUUAAAGAAUUUAAAUCGUUUUAUGUAAUAUAAUCUGACUACUUUCUGCAGCUAUAUGCAAAUAAGAAAUAGCAUUAAUUUGUGUAUUUAAAGACAAAAGCCUUCCAAAGUCAUAGUAACACACAGUUUACUCAUUGAGUGAGAAGUCAAAUAAACAUGAAUGUGUUCAUAAGUGGCUGAUGCAAUGCUGAAAUGUUGAGAAAACACUUAAAAUUGAAAAAAAAAAAAAAAUUGUAAAUCCACGCAUUGGUCAAAUGCUGCGUGGCCUCUCGGUUUUCUGUGUAAUUAUAUCCACAUGACUGGUAUCUGUGUGAAUGUCCACAAAACUGCACUGUAUUUCUGUGUUUUAUAUUCUAAAUGUAUAGAAGUGGAAGGCUAUUUUAGAAAGGAACAUUUAAAAGAUGAAAAAGUAGAGUUAGGGAGAAUCAAUGAAUUGUAAAUAAUUAAUUGCUAUUGUGUGAAUAAACUGCAAUCACGUCAUAAAUAAAAAAGUAACUUUAGUCUGAUUUUAAGUAUUUUAAUAUGUAAUCUAAUCUAGUUACAAGUACUUAAUUUUUGGAAUCUGAUUACGUAAUCCAGAUUAUAUGGAAACUAAAAAAAAAUCAGUUACUUUACUACCCUGCACUGGUGUACAAUAAUACCUUUUUUAUUAUCCUCUAAUUUAUCAGGUGUAUUACAUAUUUCAAUAAAAUAACAACAAAGUAUCCUUAGUCGUCUAACUGUGAUGUAUGGUAUUAAUUCAGAAUCAGAAUCAGAAUCAGAAAGAGCUUUAUAACCAUGUGUGUUUAAAAAAGAAUGCAUGAAGCUAGAAUAAAAUGUUUUUGUUUACUAGCAGA